CAAAAGCUGUCAAACAUAACUUUCGCGAGAAGCGGCUGUAUUGCCGAUGUCGUUCGUUUAGCUUUCUGUAACAAUGUAAAUAAGUUUUCGUUGUAAUUAAAUAUCAUUGAGGUUUCGUAGUUUUUAAACAAAGAAAAAAUAGUAAUAUUUUGAAUUGCAUAAUGUCAAGGCUGCGAUAUUUACAUAAUUUUUACAGGGCGUGUGUGGGCUUCUGUCACUGAUAUUGAUUUGUUUUAUUUUAUAAGUUUGCUUUCUAUAAUGUAGUCAUACCUAAGACGCUAGUUCUCUAUUAAGUGUUAAAUAGUUUGCACUAUGUGUUAACCGCUAGUGGAGAAUGGACAUGUGUCAUUAAAAUGAAAACAAAGAGUUUUCUGCUGUUUUCAACAUCAGUAUUUGCAAUAAGUUUAUUUUUGAUAGUAUUUCACUCCCAACCGCCUCAAUCAAUUCAAAAUAUUGUCACACAAACACACCAACAUAUAAAGGACUUUCAGGCGUGGGUCCCACAGGAGAAGCUCCGCGAUGUGGAGGCGAGCCAUCUGGUGGCGGGCGAGGAGUACGCGCGGCUGCUGGGACUGGACGGGCGCGCGGAGCCCUGGCGCAACACCACGCUGCCCGCGCUCGUGACGUACGCGCGCGGUGACGCGCACGCCCUCGCUGUCGCUUUCGUCCGCCACGCUGCGCGCCUGCCCUACACCGUGCUCCUUUACAACAUAGGCCUCAAGCCCUACUCCCUAUCUGUUGUGUCAAGUUACUGCAACUCGUCCAAAUGCGCGGUGGUGGACUUCGACCUGAGCGCCUUCCCUUCGCACGUGAGCGACGAAAGCAUCUACGCGUUCCGCCCCCUCAUCAUACAGCACGCACUGAGUCGCGUAGGCGGCGUGAUCUUCAGCGAGAGCGCGCAGCGGUGGGUGGGGUCGCGCGCGCAGCUGGCGUCGCUGUGGGCGCGCGCGGCGCACGCCGGCCUGGUGGCCUGGCCGCGGCGGGCCGCCGUCACCUCGCUCACGCACCCGCGCAUGUUCACGUACUUGCGCGCGCACGCAGACGACUUCCUCUUCGUGCAGAUGAUGGACGCGGAGCGACUGCUGGUGGCGCCCGCCGCCGCAGACGUGAUGCGCCCCUGGAUACAGUGCGCCCUCACCCUCGACUGCAUCAUGCCCAUCGGUGCGCAGUCGGUGGGGUGCAGGUUCGACAAGAAGCCGCAGUACCGGUACUCGGGGUGCCACGCGCAGGACGCGUCGGCGCUGAGCAUCGUUCUGGGCCUGCGCUGGGGCUUCGACGAGGCGCGGUACGUGGAGCGCGCGCCGCUGUGGCGCCGCCAGUCGGAGGCCGCCGCGCGCGCCGCCUUCGCCGACCUCCAGCGCAACACAACCGACGACGAGCGCGCCGAACAACACGUCGAGCAGCGCGCCGAGCACCGCACCGAGCACCGCAUCGAACACCGCACCGAGCAGCACACCGAACAUCGCGUCGAGCAGCGCACCGAGGUGCACCCGCAGCAGCUGACGGAGCCGCCGCGGCCGCGGCCGUGAGCCGUGUGCCGUGUGACGUCUCCGCAGACAGCGCGACUGGUUUUGCCGCUCCAACGUACACUUCCUCAGCGCAACCGCGAGUCCUCACUCAUCAUCGAUAGCAUCGCAACACCAUUCAUUCGCUAACCUAAUCGUUUUUUUUAAAUAAGUCUCCAUGAAGGCAGAUGUGAAUCUUAAUUACUGGCAUGUUUUAAUGUACAGUGCGGAGCGAUCGCGAAGGUGUCGCGCAGGUGCCGGGAGGAGCGCGUGGAGAUCGGUGAUGUCGCACCGUUAUAUUGUAAUAUUCGUCCGAGGACAGAAUCGGUUCUUACACAUAAGAGUUGAAACACAAGGCUAGGAGUUAGUGUUUACUUACACAGUAUUAGUGCAUAUAUAACCGAGCUGUAACAUCAGCAGACUGUGAUCCUAUGUUUGUGCACAAAGUGACGAGAUCUCACUCGUCAAAGCGUUUCUUGAGUUAAUAUUAUUUAUUUGUCAACACUUGGGAUGAUUUUUACACAAUUUAUUAAAUAAGUUUUUGCCGGAAUUAAGCAAAAACGUAGUGAUGUUUAUGCCAUAUCGAUGUUUAUUAACGAACAUAUUGUACAGACGAAUAUAUAUUUGGCGGAAGGAUUUUGUUAGCGAAUAUAUUUUUUAUUAUUUUUAUAAUGAAUUUGUACAAGAUAACAUAUAAUUGUGAUGGCAGCGUACAAUCUUAUAAUAUUGAAGUUGCACGUGCAUUAUGUACGCGCUACUUUAAUUAUUAUUUAUACAAUAUACUGAUUUAUUAUAAUUUACGUGGGCAUAUUUUUGUCAGUUUGAAUAAAACAUACACGUUAUCCUAUCAGCAAUGUGCGGCGGCCGGUGACCACUUUAACGUUUCUACAUUUGUGUUCCACUGAAUUAUAUACAACUGUACUGAUUGCAAUAACAUUGCAUCCACUUACUUUACUUAAGAUGAGCUCGUGUUAAGGUAAUGUAUGAUGGCAGCUAAAAAUAUAAAAGUUUGUGUACAUGAAGGGAGCAGAGGAUCCGCAUAGUUUUAAUAGAUCCUUAACACUUGAGGAACUCUCUUAUUCACAUUAAACUCUGAUCAUCUCAUAUUGCCGUGUAGAAGUAUUAUUUUCUCCGAUGUAUUCAUAGACAUAGUACGUAGAAAACAAAGGAAUAAGAUUAAAACAAUAUUGUUCAGUCCUGUAGAUAGAUAAAGUUAUCUGACUUGGUGAGAGUAAGUCAAACUAAAUUGUAACAGUCCCCAGUCAACAUCACAAUUGUGACAUAAGAUGAUUUUGGUACUGCAGCUGUCUUUUCAAGUUCUUCCACCGGGCCAGAUAAUGUUUUUGUACUAUAGGAAGGAAUAAUAAAAUUGUUAGUUUAUUCCUGUGCUUAGGAACAAAAAAUGUUGGCGCUCCGUGUUUUAGGUUUUAUUGUAAAGUAAUACAUGGGUGUAUUAUUAUUAUUAUGUCGUAUUAAUUU